CUGUGGAGGACCAGAACCAGACAGGAACUCUGAUCCAGAGCCACAUUUACAACCUGAUACUGACAAAGAGCCUGCAGACUCUUCUGAACCUGAGACUGAUGACAGUGCUGAUUGGAAGGAGAACAGAGAACCUCAGUCAGGUUUGAACUGUUUGAAAAAAGAUGGCGGCCCUGUCAGAGAUUCCAGAUUUAGUGCUGGUGAGAAACGAUUUAGCUGCUCUGAGUGUGGGAAAAGAUUUGGCUACAAGUGCGAUCUGAAUAGACACAUGAGAUUCCACACAGGAGAGAAACCUUUCAGCUGCUCAGUUUGCCAGAAAUCUUAUUCACAGAAGUAUAAUUUAAAGCUACACAUGAGACUCCACACAGGAGAGAAAUCUUUCAGCUGCUCAAUUUGUAAGAAAUCUUUUACACAGAGCGGAAAUUUGAAGUCACACAUGAGAGUUCACACAGGAGAGAAAUCUUUCAGCUGUUCAGUGUGUGGUAAAGGUUUCAGUCAUAGUGUAGCUCUCAAGAGACAUAUUAGAGUCCACACAGGAGAGAAACCUUUCAGUUGCUCAGUGUGUAGUAAAGGUUUCGGUUAUGGUGGGUAUCUGAAGUCACACAUGAGAAUUCACACAGGGGAGAAACCUUUCAGCUGCUCAAUUUGUAAGAAAUCUUUUACAGAGAGUGGAACUUUAAAGUCACACAUCAGAGUUCACACAGGAGAGAAACCUUUCACUUGCCAUAUUUGUAGAAAAGGAUAUGCCCGAAGUUCACAUGUCAAAAAUCAUAAAUGUGCUGGCCGCUCGUCCUCAAAGUUUCAAACUGAGGAGAACAAAGUAGCAGAGCCUCCAGCCAGCAGCCCACACAAAGACAUGUAAAGAGAAGCUGAUGGAGAGGAUUCUGGAAGACCAGAAGCAGCGAGGAACUCAGAUCCAGAUGGUCCAGAGACUGAUGACAGUGGUGAUUGGAAGUAAAGCAGAACUCAGUCUGCUGUAAAUUCAGUGAAAUGGUCCUCAUCACAGUUGUUGUUUCUUAGUUUCAGGGUUUCUGUUUAAUCAGCCUCUUAACAUCCUGUUGGCAUGUUCAUUUCAGGUUUAAGUCUGUUCUGUGUCCUCUGUUAGCACAUUCUGGUGCUUUGUUUUUCAAUGGUUCUAUACAAAUACUUUUACUCUGUGUCAGAAAGUGUCCAUUCUUUAGUUUGCUGUCCAGGUUAGGCUGAAAAAUUGUCUGUUUAACUUCUGUCUCAUGAUGGUUUACCAGGAGUUGAACAGUUCAGCUCAUGAAGCUAAUGGAGAGGACUGUGGAAGACCAGAAGCAGCCAGGAUCUCUUGUUGGGAAGGGAGUGAAAUUUGUUGUUUAUUUGUUUAUUGAGCAUGUUAUAUAGCAGCAAUUUUAGGUGGUACAAGGAAAUUAAACUAAACUAUCAAAAAUAAAUAAAUUAAUAAUAUAUUAAAAAUGAAAUUGUAUGAAAUAUACAAUCUGUUUUUGUUAAUAUACUCAUUUUUCAAUCUUUUUAAAGGACUCGAGAAAGAUUUUCAAGUCUUUUUUUAAAUGCUACAAAGCUUGUAGUAACUUUUAUAAAUAUUUAUUCUGUGUAUGAAAUUUAGCUACAAUAUAAUUAAACAAUACUUUCUUUUCCAUGAUGUGAUAUGAUAUUUAUCUCCUUUCUGUUUAUUUUUGUUUUGUUUUAA